AUGGCGUCCCUGCUGAUCCAGCCCCGACAUAGUCGACAGAAGAAGUCCCUACGCGAGCAGAGUCGAGAAAAACCACCGGAGAUUGUGUUUCAUAGCUUAAAGACCCGACAGCUAUGGAGGAAAGCGAGUGUUUUCAGGAAAGGCGACCAGGAUGAGGUUGACGAUACAGAAAACCUCAAAAACCUCGAGAAACGCAACCCAUCCGCGAGGAGCCGGGUCGCAGCCAUACAGCGCCCACCAACCAUCACGAAGAUGAUGUUGGAGAUCGACCGGUUAUGGGAAACCAGCAGAUUACUUAUGAAAAAGGAAGGGGCUAUGACGGAGGACGACAUUGAGAAACUACGGCGGAUCAUCAAGGAGGCAGUGGACCUCAGCAGUCGGAUACGCAUGCUCAUAAGGGAAAAGGAUGUGUACACGGAUGAAGACGUGUUAAGCCACGCUAAAGACAUCAACAGCCUCCAACUGUUUCUGCAUACCGUCGUGGAGAUUUGGACCAAGGUUGAGGACGUACUCAAAGAAAAGUACGGUCACCGGGUGAUGGGCGAGAUGAUGGAGCUAGGUACUGACAUUGCUUCUGUGUUUGGCGAGGUCAUGUCCAUAUUCCUUCAAAGGUUUGGUCUCAACAUAGUCCCCCUUAUGAGGCCCGUCCAUGGAUUAUUCUACAGCAUCAGCAUUCACUGUCGGUACCACUGCCCGGGCCUCGGCGAGGAAGACGUGAAUGAAAUGAAGUCUAUCUACAACAGUUUCCUAACAGCCAUGCUGAACCUCAUGAAGAGCACCAAAGUUCUACUUAAGAGACUUAAGUUCGAUUCGGAGACAAUAUCUACCAGACGGCGGACCGUACAGACCAGCAUUUCUUCUACCAUCGACCUGAUGCACGCCAUGGUUAAGGAUGGGCGACUAUGUGACUACGAGGAAUAUGUGGACACCAUUGAAAAGAUAGGCAGCCUGUGUACAGAUAUCUUCUUCGUCAUAGGAAAAACCUCAAGUAUCGUUGAGCUUCUAGAGCUCGGCGAGAGCGUGAUCGCCACGGAGCCCACUGACGUAUUAGGCGAAGUUGCACACAGUGACGUUAGCAGGUGCCCGAUAGAGAAACGCCCUCUCGUGCUUUCCGGUCUUGAACUGGAUGAGGGAUCUUCCUUCGUAUCAGAUGUAUUUAUGCAGAGCGGGGCUACAUUCAACCCCUCGCAAAAAGUUACGAUACGCAUGCCGUUCUCCGGAGCGUUGUUCCCGUCCGGUGCGAUGAUCAAGAUCAAGUUGAAGAUUGGUGAAGAGUGGUACGAUACGCCCGGAAUACGAGUGCUUGGAAAGCCCGCCAACGAGUGUGACCUUCCAGAGGGCGUGGCCAAGGUAAACAUGAAGUCCGCGAAAGGCCAGAAGAAAGUGAAGCCCGCUCCUCCGCAGGAGGACAUGAUUGAAUUUUCCGCCAAGUUCCACACCGCGUUUGUGGCCACGCUUGAAUACAUGUCACAGAUCCGAGAGAUCGUCCCAGCAGGAACCACGUACAUUUGUCCAGAGGAUGACCGAAUACGCGUCAGCUUCCCGGAGGACUGCUUGGCACAUCCUUCACAUAUGGGAUUUAAGUUGAUCCAGCUAAACCGCCAAAGGAUGUUUGACUACAAGGAGCAGUGUCCCACUCUGUGCCGGAAUAUCUUGGCGAUGUCGGACAUACUUAAAGUAUAUCACGACGAGGACAUCAUAUUGCAGCAACCCGUAAUGCUGCAUAUGCCAAUACCCAACGAUAUAGACGACUGUGAGUCUGAGCUCGUGAUAUUCCGGUCACGUGACGAUGGGGAACUGGAGCUUAUCCCGAAAAAGACUGCCAUGUUGUGUCCCUCCACACAGAAUUGCUACACCUUUCAGAUACAGAGUUUCAGUGGGAUCGCGAUAGGCAAAGUCAAAAAGAAGAAUCUUCGCAAGAACCGUGCUGCCGUUAUCGAGGAGUACGAAAUCUACAUCGAGGAUGCGUUUGUAUGUAACAUUCUCACCUUCAUGGAUAAGGGACUUCUUCAUGUAGGAUUGGUCAAAGUCUUCGUUGAAAUUGUUGAGCGGCGCUUUGUGAAAAAGGCCCUUAGGCGGCGCGCUAAGGAAGGAUUGUUUGAAGUCCCGGGAAGUCGGUCGCCGAAUAUCAAACUGAGGAAUGAGGAUAUUGUCUGUAUCGAAAUGGAAGGAAAUAUUCAGAGGAUGAAAGAAAUUCCGCUGGAGAACUAUUUUAUUGUGUUUCUGAGUAGUGCCCGAGACAAUUAUCGGUCGUUUCCGGUGGAGCCACGGAAAGAUCCGGAGAACAGAGCUUAUGGCCUGUUAAACUUCUACAAAGACAACGAAGAGGAACAGCAAUUCCUUCACAGCUCUCACAUUGACGCCAACAAGUACAUGCUGGGUGUCCUUGACCGAGCCAAGACCCACCAUGGCGGGAGGGACCGAGGUCCCGGUGUAAUGUCCCCCCGAUCUCUCGGCGGUUCAUGGACCACCUCGCGGCCCGCCACUACUUCCGCAAAAGAGUCUCGCAGCUUCAGGGCUAUAUUUGAUUCCGUGCCGGUGUUAAGCCAUCAGUCCAUGUUGGUGUUAUGUACGUACAUAAAGACGGACACCGUGCAGAAUGUGGCAUAUGAGCUCAAUGUCCCCUACGACCAUGUGCUACAGACGAAACUGUCAGGCCAGCCGUCUGUGAUGAUCAACUUCAACAUCCUGUGGCACUGGAGAGGCGACAAGGGGAGUCGCCACAAGGUACAGGAGCUUAUUGAUGCCUUCCGCCUUUGUGGGCAGGCGCAUAUCGCACAGAAAAUCAUGGACGCCGGGAACGCCAAGCGUCCAUUGACCAGGGACGACUUCAUGUGA